GAAAACGACAAGAGACGCCUGUGAAUUCUUACGUUUUCAACAUCACCUACACGACAUUAACGAAUCCUGUAAAUAUCUUCAUUCUCUCUCCUCCCAACUAUCCCAAGACUUUCACUGUGAUCAAAUUGUUCCUCUGUUCACAUAAUGGAGUCCCAAAGUAGAGCAGAUGAAGAGGGCAGCAGUCCUUUGCUAAGCCCCGAUAAUGAUAUUGAAACUGAAGGUGGUGAUGGCGAUAGCCAUGGCAGCUCUGCCACCAUUGUUGUUGUACUCAGCACCCUUGUCGCGGUUUUAGGUUCCUAUGUUUUUGGUUGUGCUAUUGGAUUUUCAUCGCCAGCCCAGUCUGGAAUUCUGGAUGAUCUCGGUCUAUCCUUGGCGCAGUAUUCAUUGUUUGGCUCAAUAAUGACGAUUGGAGCAAUGCUUGGUGCAUUAAUGAGCGGAAAGAUAGCAGAUUUCUUUGGGCGGAAAAUAACGAUGGGUUUCGCAGAAUUGUUUACUAUUGCAGGUUGGCUUGCAAUUGUCUUUUCAAAGGUACUCUCUUCUUUUGUUUGCAUAUGCUUUAUCCUUGAUGAGUUGACGAAGCUGAAGUCCGGAUCUAGUGCUUGGACGCUUGACACUGGAAGGCUGUUAAAGGGAUUUGGAAUUGGACUUCUUUCAUACAUGGUACCGGUAUAUAUAGCGGAAAUAACACCUAAGAAUCUUCGAGGAGCAUUUACAGCAGUUAACCAGUUGAUGAUUUGUUGUGGCUCCUCUGUAAUGUUUCUUGUUGGAAAUGUCUUCACCUGGCGUACCUUGGCUUGGAUAGGAGCUAUUCCCUGUCUACUACAGCUUGUCGGUUUAUUCUUCAUUCCAGAGUCUCCUAGAUGGUUGGCUAAGAUGGGUCAGUGGGAAUAUAGCAAAGCGGCUUUGCAGCGCCUUAGAGGGGAUAAUGCUGAUAUUUCUGAAGAAGCGGCUGAAAUAAGAGAAUAUACACAAUCUCUUGGACAACUCUCAGACUCUAGAAUGAUAGACUUGUUCCAAAGGAAAUAUGCUCGCUCCCUUACAGUUGGUGUUGGGCUGAUGGUGCUGCAACAAUUUGGAGGAGUCAAUUCAAUAGCGUAUUAUGCAAGUUUUAUAUUUUCAUCAGCUGGUUUUUCAAGUAGGGCCGGAACAACAGCUAUGGUUUUCAUUCAGGUUCCAAUGACGCUUCUGGGAGUCCUCUUAAUGGAUAAAUCUGGAAGACGUCUUCUACUAAUGGUUUCCGCAGCAGGAACCUGUUUGGGUUGCUUUCUCAUUGGACUGUCAUUUUUAUUACAGGACCUUCAACUUUGGAAAUCAAGUCCCUUGCUAGCACUCGGCGGUGUACUGGUCUUUACAGGAUUUUUCUCAUUAGGCAUGGGAGGAAUUCCUUGGGUUAUAAUGUCAGAGAUAUUUCCUAUAAACGUGAAAGGUGUAGCUGGAAGCCUUGUGACAGUGGUCAACUGGUUUGGUACUUGGAUUAUUUCAUAUUCAUUUAACUUUCUAAUGCAGUGGAGCUCUGAAGGCACCUUUUUCAUCUUUUCAGCUGUAGGUGGUUUUACAAUCCUAUUCGUUGUAAAGCUGGUGCCGGAAACCAAGGGACGUACGUUGGAAGAAAUACAAAUGAGGACAGAAAAAUAAUGUUAUAUUUAUACUCGUUAGCUUUAAGUGAAUACAGCUUGAUAUGUAUUUGGUUAGUAGCAUCUUAGUAUAGUUGAAAAAUAUUAAAUUAGAUGGGAAUUUUCGUCGUGUCUCUCUCGUAGAAUUUAACUCCUUACAGUUCGAAGAUCUGGCGUGAGUGUAUCAUCUUCGUCGUGAUCUUUGGGGCAACUUCAAUGAUAUGUUCCAAGUCCAUGCUUAAAUCUUAAAUUUUUACAUGCAUCAAUUGCAUUGAAUAUAAUUCUAAAAUGCAUUUAUAUUUUC